CAUUCCAGCAUUUAUAUAGCUGUGGUUUGUAAAGUGAAUAGUGAUCCAGAAUUUGAAAUAAAAACUUGAACUUCAUGAAUAGCGGUUACGUGUUCCGUUACACUAACAAUUUGAGAAAAGAUUGGCAUAAUCGUCGCGAAUUUUGUGCUCCGUUUCCAGUCGAUACAAUAUCUCUAAAAACAUGCCCAAAGAAAAAACUUUGAAGCCUGUCCGGAAAAUAUCUGAGCGUCAACUCCGGCGGCAGGUCAAUGAGGAAAGUUCACUAGAGUACCUAAACAUUUUCCAACGUAAUGAUGCGAAUAUGGAUGAAAUGCGACUGAUAUCUUCUUCUGAUAAUAAUGCUUCCGUGUUGUCAGAAACAUCAGAUUUUGCAAGCUGCGCUGAGAAGAAUAUAUUCAGUGAAAAUGUAAGAGAAUCUUGUUAUAUCUCUGAUAAAAAUCAUGAAAACGCCACACAUCCAGAUGAAUCCAUUGUGGCUGAAGAGCCAUAUAACGAACCAGAAGUUUGGUAUUCAUCUGACUCAUCGGAGAGCAGCGAGUUAGCUAGUGCUGACAAUGAGUCAGUAUAUGUUGAAAAGCCUCCUGUACCUACGUCUGAGGAUUAUUACAACCUGCAAUCUUUUCUUGCUCAGUGGGCGGUAUGCAACAGAAUUCCACAUGUGGCUAUAUCGUCGUUAUUGAAGAAGCUAAGGCAGCAUCCAUGUCAUUCGCACUUACCAUCUGAUCCCAGAACUCUACUAAAAACACCAAGGUCUACGAUUACAACGGAUGUUCACCCAGGAAAAUAUAUUCAUCUAGGCCUUGCUCGUGGAUUGAAUCAAUUACUUGUCAAGUAUUCAAGUAAAAUAGAUACCGAUAUUGAGUUAGCCAUUGGUAUUGAUGGUCUCCCCAUAUCAAAGUCGUCCAGGGGUUCUCUAUGGCCGAUUCUGGGAUCAAUCGUUGGGUUUAAUGAUGUAUUUAUGAUUGGAGCAUAUUAUGGCAAUGAAAAGCCUGGUGUCGCCGGCGACUUCAUGCGAGAUUUUAUACAAGAAGCUAAAGACCUAUGUGAAAAUGGAUUAUCGUUUCAGGAUACGUUGUACACGUGCAGUAUAAAAUUCUUUGUAUGCGAUGCUCCAGCGAAGUCGUUUGUUUUGAAUGUCAAAGGAUGUACUGGGUAUUCUAGUUGCACAAAAUGUACAAUUGAAGGUACCUAUGCCAAUGGACGCAUCUGCUUUCCAGAAUUAACUGCACGGGAAAGAACCGAUACAGAUUUUAGAAACAAAACGGACGAUGAUUAUCAUGCAGGAGAUUGUUGCCUUGAAGAAAUUCCACGUUUUGACAUCAUCAAAAAUGUACCAUUGGACUAUAUGCAUCUAGUCUGCUUGGGAGUUGUGCGAAAGCUUCUUUACUUGUGGUUAUUUGGGGACCUAAAAUACCGUUUGCCACAUCGCAAUGUUUUUUCAAUUUCAAAUGCUUUAGAAAAACUCAAGGGGUUUAUCCCUUUAGAAUUUGCACGGAAGCCACGGUCUCUUGAUUUUGUGAAACAGUGGAAAGCCACAGAAUAUAGACAGCUCUUGUUAUAUACUGGUCCAAUUGUUCUGAAAGAUGUAUUGCCAUAUGAUGUUUACAUGAAUUUUUUGACACUUCACGUUGCAAUAAGAAUUUUGUGCAGCACCAAUACAACUUCACUUUUCAACUAUGCUCACGACCUACUCAAACAUUUCGUUACAUCAUUUAUGAUACUUUAUGGAAGGCACAGCGCAAGUCACAAUAUUCACGGCCUCAUCCACAUUGUACAAGAUGUUAAGAAUUUGGGUAUUUUGGAUAGCUUCAGUGCCUUCAAGUUUGAGAAUUAUAUGCAAACUUUAAAGAGACUACUAAGGAAAAGUGAUAAACCGUUGCAACAAAUUUUUAGGCGCUAUGUUGAAAUAGAAAACAGCUCAGAAAGUACCACAUCAAAAAAACGAAGUUGUAAAUUCGAAGUACUCACACAGUCUUCUCAUUACGAUGGGCCAUUGCCAGACGGCUGUGAGAAUCCACAAUAUAAGAUUGUUAACUAUUCAGACUUUAAAUUAAAAGUGGACAGCUUGGCGGACAACUGUUGCGGUUUAGUGAAUGGGGAAAUAAUUUUGGUGAAAAAUAUUGUGUAUGACUCACGUAAAGGCAUACUUGUUUUAACAGGAAAUGAGUAUGAGGAAAAAAACAAUUUUUACACUGAACCAUGCGACUCUUCAUCACUUGACAUAUGGUCAGUUGGAAAACUGUCAGAGUUGAAAACAUGGCCUUUAGAAGAUGUUCGCCAAAAGUACGUGAGAUUGCCAUAUGGAUCCAACAACUUCGCGGUUUUUCCGAUGCUACAUGUAGAACUUAAUUAAUUUGAGAACAAAAAAUAAUGAUAAUAAUGAUAAUGAUAAUGAUAAU